AUGUAUAUAUAUACCAACAGAGAUGUACAGCAUGCCCUGGAAAAGGAUCUUUCUGACAAAAACUCAGCCUAUUUUAUUGAUGAGAAGUGCUUUAACCUGAGGAACACAUUGGACAGCAUCAACUUUUACCAUGGAGUUGAAAAAGCAGCAGAGACUGUUUCAGUUCCUGCAACAAGUUCCUGGGCUAAAUUCAGUGGAGACAAUAUCAGAUGCUCUCAACAUGCAGGGGCCAACUCUGUCCUGCCCUGAAAGGAUGCAGAGGUUGGACUGGAGUGCACAUCUGAGGAGAUGUGGAAUCAUUUAUUCAGCGUUAACUUAGCCUUUAAUAAUCAUGUUGCUGAAGUAUCUGAUGCAUAGAACAAACUCCAAGCACAACUGGCCAAGAUGCUUCAGGAAAUCUUCCAGACAGAAGCUACAAUCAUGUUAUUGGAGAGAUUAAAGACAAAGGAGAACCCACUGGAAGUGACUCAGACCUGCCUGCAGGGAAGAAUGAAACGACCCAAUAAUGGACUUUGCUGUGAUGCAUCUCAGUUUCAACUGGCCACUGAAGUUUACACUACAGAUAACAUCAUACAGGCCUUCAAGUGAUGCCUGCCAGAAGCACAUGACACGCAGAUAUUGAUCCUCCACAAAUCAAUGCCAGAAGACAACAUUUCUGUGAAGGCAAACUCCCUCUUCAUUGACAAGAAGUGUACAGGAACAUGA